CAUCAUUUGAAUUCUAUACAUACAUAUAACGAUCGCCAGACCGGCUGGACAUUGCGCGCAUUCUGUACCUACAGGCCCGAUUCAGUAUACCGCUGCGAUUGAGAAAUUCGUCCGUUUUGGCAGCAUUGCAACAGAUCAUCGAGCACUGCACCACACCGGCAGAGCAUACACAUAAUACACGCAAUGGCGUACCAAUACAUCAUCUCCAAAACCAUCGACCCCCUCUUCGCCAUCUCCAUCGGUCUCGCCGCCGCCGUGAACCGCAUACAUCGUGAAGAAAAGGACGCUGGGAGGACGGUCGGGCAGAGCGUUGAGGUGUUGAAGCGGAGGGUGGGGAUUGCGUGGGAGGGUGGGUGGAGGGGGUUUGGGGCGGAGAGGGAGGGGGAGAGGUAG